AUGAGGAGCCAGUUGCAGACACAACACGGUGUCCUCGCCCUUGUGUGGCCAGGACAUCUUUGGGACCUCAAGCCAGAGCAGAGACUGUUCCGGUGCAAAGGACCCAUGAGCACAGCAGGGCGCAAAAGAAAAGGCGGAGCAGGAUCAGCGGAUAGCGGUUGGGAAGCUCGACCCGCCCAGUUCAUCCCUGACCUCUCCGGGACGCGACAAGCCAAGCACUUCUCAGCCAAUCCACCGCGCGGAACCAGAAGGUGGGCAGAACGCAGGCUGGGCGGAGCACGUUUCCGGCCGGGUGAAGAGUUGAAGACGCCCCGAAGGCCGGACUUCUGGCGUAGCAUAGACUCAGCCCGAAAGCUGCUGGUAGGAGUUUCCUGUAGGCAGAUGUCGGCGCUGAGGCACGUCGUGUGCGCCCUUUCUGGUGGCGUGGACAGCGCGGUGGCUGCGCUGCUGUUGCGGCGGAGAGGUUACCAGGUGACAGGGGUAUUUAUGAAGAACUGGGACUCGCUGGAUGAACACGGUGUCUGUGCUGCUGACAAGGACUGUGAAGAUGCUUAUAAAGUCUGUCGGAUCUUAGACAUCCCUUUCCAUCAGGUGUCCUACGUGAAGGAGUACUGGAACGAGGUGUUCAGUGACUUUUUGAAUGAGUACGAGAAAGGAUGGACUCCCAACCCUGACAUCAUCUGCAAUAAGCACAUCAAGUUCAGUUGCUUUUAUCAUUAUGCUGUGGACAAUCUUGGUAAGGAGUCGGAAUUUCUUCAUCUGCAUGUUCAAAUCAUAGCUUUCCAGGCAUGGUCAGGAGCUAGAACCUUGUGGACAGUUUUGUCUUUCAGAAGAACUUUCUAGUUCAAGGAGAAGGUGCCCUCCAUCAUGGGCAGG